UUGGCGUGUUCCACUCGAGCGUCUUCAUUUUGCGCUGCUUCAGCCUCCCGCUCCACCGGAUUGCGCGGGGAAAUGUUGUGUUUUACAAAACGGAGCAGAGGAGGAUCCGGACCGACCGGUCGCGAACGAAGCAUCUGAAACUGGAUACACGCCGAAAAGAAUCGCAACAUGAAGCGGUGAUGAACGCUACGACGCCCUGGCAGGAGCCCGGGGAGCCGCUUUAUAGACGCUCUGCCCGGAACACGUGCACGUGUAGUCGAGUAUUUGUAGAAGAAGCCCGGAUAACGGAGGCGGACGAGCUCGGAGUUGUUGUUGUUGUUGUUAUUCUUUUUUUGUUAUUAUUUAUUCCUCGUUUUCGGGAGACCCGCCACCGGGCAUGGAGGAUGUAAAAGACCCGCCGACCGUCCACCGGUCCUCCUCCUUCAGCAUCAAGAGCCUCCUGCUGCCCUCCAAGUGCGACAGACCGGACUCUGUUGCCGCCGCCGCCGCCGCCGCAGCCGCCGCCGCCGCCGCGGUCGCCGGCAUCCACGGGACCCUCUCUCCCUCCCCGGGCUCCGACUCGGAGAAGUCGCUGGACCCACCGGAGGUGGACUCCACGGCUGCGGCUCUGGACCCGGAGAAACCGGGCAAGGAGGAGCAGGGGGAAGAGGAGGAGGACGGAGGAGGAGGCGGAGGAGGGGACGGCGCCAAGGCCACACAGGAGCAGAAUACUAACGGUAACAAUAGCGGGAAAAACGGGAAAUACGACAAGCCUCCGUUCAGCUACAACGCCCUGAUCAUGAUGGCCAUCAGGCAGAGCCCCGAGAAGCGGCUCACGCUGAACGGCAUUUACGAGUUUAUCAUGAAAAACUUCCCCUAUUACCGCGAGCACAAGCAGGGCUGGCAGAACUCCAUCCGGCACAACCUGAGCCUCAAUAAGUGCUUCGUUAAGGUGCCCAGGCACUACGACGACCCGGGGAAGGGGAACUACUGGAUGCUGGACCCGAGCAGCGACGACGUUUUCAUCGGGGGAACUACCGGGAAGCUCCGCCGGCGCUCCGCCACCUCCCGGGGCAAGCUGGCGAUGAAGCGCGGGCUGCGCUUCGCUCCUCUCGGCCUGGGGAUUAACGAGCGGGCGAACAACCCGCUCUACUGGCAGAUUUCCCCGUUCCUCUCCCUGCACCAUCACCACCACCAUCACCCGCACUACAACGGAUCCUCACCGGGGUUUUUGAACCAGGCGGCCGGCUACGGGUCGCUACUGCCCGCGGUGGAGCAGUUGAGCAACGGGGACCUGGGGCGGUCCAUCCUCGGCGGGUCGGCCGCCGGGGCGCUGGGCUUGACGAACAGUUAUGGGAUGAGCACAUCGCCGGUCGGACUGCUCUCCGGGCAGACUGCCGGGUAUUUUGUCUCAGGGACCCAACACGCUGCUGCGGCGGCACCGGGGCCGCCGGGAGGAGGACCGCCGCCCCCGCCGCCGCCUCCGCCGCCGCAUCUCCAGCAGGGCGCACCCGGCUUCGGCGGCCUGGCGACCGGCAGCUCCCCGCAGUCCCUGCUAUCGGACUCCCUCAGAAACAGCUCCCUACCGGCCUUCUCCCCGGGCGUGUCCGCGGGGUUUCCCGGGAUGCUUUCCCAUCAAAAGAGGGUGACCCCAAACGCUUUCCUAAACUGAACUCCCCCUUCCAUCACCAUCACCUCUUCAUCGAUGGCACCGGGACGAGGACGCACAACAGACGUCGUGUUGAGGGCGAAAAAAAAAAAGAACAAAAAAGUGGUAAAUAUCAAACACUGAUCGCAAAAAAAUCUCUAUGAAGUGAAACUUUUUGGCCAUAUUCUGCCCCGAGGCGCUUCGGGGUUAUUUUGAUUAUUUUGUUCGCAUCCUAUUGAAAAAGGGACAAACUUUUGUUACCCGCGGGUUGUACAACUGUAAACUAGACUUGCCAAAGGUAACUAACGCUAUAAGUAUAUUUCAAGCUAUUUAUAUCUUGUACAAAGAUUUUCAGUACUUUCUUUGAGUCCUUUAUUUAUGUUUUGUAUUUAUUGUACAAUGUAUUUAAAUUCUAUU